AUGGAUCAUUUCAACCAUACCUGGAGCCAGAGUUUCAUCCUUGCUGGUCUCACUCCCAGUGGGACCCUACAGCCUCUUGCCUUCCUGGGGACACUCUGUAUCUAUCUCCUCACCCUUGCAGGGAACAUUCUUAUCAUCAUCCUGGUUCAGGCAGAUUCUGGACUGUCCACACCCAUGUACUUCUUUAUCAGUGUCCUCUCCUUUCUGGAGCUCUGGUACAUCAGCACCACGGUGCCCACGCUGCUACACACCAUGCUUCAUGGAUGCUCACCCAUCUCAUCAACUAUGUGCUUUCUCCAGCUGUAUGUCUUCCAUUCUUUGGGCAUGACUGAAUGCUACCUGUUGGGUGUCAUGGCACUGGACCGCCACCUUGCCAUCUGCCGCCCCCUGCACUACCAUGCACUCAUGAGCAGACGGGUACAGCUGUGGCUAGCUGGGGCCCCUUGGGUGGCUGGCUUCUCAGCUGCACUUGUGCCAGUCAGUCUCACCGCCACUCUGCCCUUCUGCUUGAAAGAGGUGGCCCAUUAUUUUUGUGACCUGGCACCACUAAUGCGGUUGGCAUGUGUGCACACGGGCUGGCAUGCUUGGGCCCAUGGAGCAGUGAUUGGUGUAGCCACUGGAUGCAAUUUUGUGAUAAUUUUGGGACUCUAUGGAGGCAUCCUGAAAGCUGUUCUGAAGCUGCCCUCAGCUGCCAGCCGUUCCAAGGCCUUCUCCACCUGUUCCUCUCACAUCACUGUGGUAGCACUAUUCUUUGCUUCUGCCUUCACAGUAUAUGUUGGUUCACCUGGGAGUCAAACCAAAAGCACAGACAAGAUUAUUGCCUUGAUCUAUGCCCUUUUUACUCCUUUCCUCAAUCCCAUCAUCUAUACCCUUCGCAACAAGGAGGUAAAGGAGGCUGUGAGAAGAGUCACUGAAAGGAUCAGGACUGUUUUGAGGGAGCCUUGA